UGUAUUCGCCAUAUGCCGAAGUUGUGGCCAUCAGCUGGAACUAGUUGACGACCGGCAGUGGAACGAGAAACAUCACGCGAAUCGGUUGGUUGGUAGCACGGGCCACGCACGUAUGGACGUUGUUUUCCUCGGUGUUGUUGAAUAAAUUGCUUCUUUUUUUUUGGGGGGGAAAACAAAUGUGGCGAGCCUAAAUUUGAAGUUGUGUAAAAGUAAUUAAUUACAAGUUGGAAAUUCGGACGCACACAUGUGCGGAAAUUGGAAAAUAAAAGAAAAUAAGUGUGGAAAAAAAAUAAAAAAUUAACAAGCAUUAAAGACCGCGUGGAGCGAGUGAAGUGUGUUUUAGUGUUUUCGGGUGUUUUUUGUUUUGUGUGGUCUUUUAACGCGAUUUUAGGGUUGAUGGGAAGCGCCACUGCUGGCUACUUACAUACACACUUGUCUACUAGCUUACAUACUAACGCCUUUAAAUGUCUAUGUAACGCGUCCGCCGUGUAUAAAUCACCUGCGUUUGUGAAGUUGUGUGUGCGUGUGUAAUUUUUCAAACUCGAGCCGCGCGCGUGUGUAUGUCUCUGGCGCAUAUCUUACCUUCUCUUCAAUUGUUCACUUGCGUUUCAUCGGCCUCCCAGGAUGAGUGUUGUGUCGACAUUACUGGCUCAACAAGUCUUCAAUUGGCAAUUGGAGGAUUUUGCCUACUUUCGAAAAUGCGGCGAAAUUACCGUGUCUCCAGAUGCGCAAACCUACGGCAUAAAUUGUCGUUUUUGUGCUGGUAUUUGUUUGCAAUUCGAUGUUUUCAUUGAACAUAUGCGCGAGGUGCAUGCGGAGCGUGUCAGUGCGCUGUAUCAGCAAACGGAAACAUCGCUAGAGGGAGAGAAACGCGAGCAGAGCACGCAAACACAAAGUGAAAUCGAAACUUUUUAUAGUGACGCCCUUGCCCACUUCAACGCUGACGACGAUUUUGAUAUCGAUAUCGAUGUAGAGUGCAUUGAUGGCGACGAGCGCGCAUACAGCUACAACUGUGCAGACGUCGACGCCGCCGCCGCCACCGCUGUAGACAACAGCAACAGCAACAGUAACAGCAACGACAACGACGUUGGCAGUGACACUGACAUCGACUCCGUGGCCAAAAUCGCGCAAAUACCGCCCACCGUUGGGGCCGUCGCUGCCGCCGCCGCGACUGUCACACAACGUCGCUAUCCACAGCGCCAACGCCGUGCAACUGUAUAUAAUGGGACAAACGGAGAUAAGCCGCGUAAAAUAUGUAGUUGGAAUGAAGCGUCGUCAGCGAAAUGUAAUGGCACAUUGGGAAAAUUCAAAACAGUCGCUAUACAAACGCCACCAACACCCGCGUCCACACCAUCGCCAUGGACAACGCCAAUACAAAAUGCCAACGAUUCGACAACAACAACAACAAAAACAAAGACAACAACGAGGCGAACAGUCGAAACCGAAAGCGAAACAACAACAACAACAAUAGCGAGAGCAAUGGAUACAACAGCUGACGUUAGUUUGGGUGCGCAAAUAGACAUGCACGAUAUCUGCACGCCGCUAGCUAUUGAAGGGGAUGUCGACAUGCAGGCGCAAAAUGGACCGGAAGCGACACAAGAAGUUGACUUGGUUUAUAUUAUGGAGAGCGCAACACCAGAUGGUAUUAUAGCAGAAGAAACCGUUGUUGAUCCAUUCGAAAUGGCGCAAGGCUGGCGGCGUUCAACAGAUUCAUCGGAGUUUCCGGAGAAUGACAUGCCCAGUCCAUGCUCCAUCGAGGAGUUACAGAAAAACUUAAUCACAUUGCCGUUGAGCGCUUUGAAAGGUGAAAAGCCUUUAGUCAAUGAGAAUGAGCACAGUACUGAAGUGAUCUUUUACCUGCUAGAGGCGUAUAAAAAGAAUGAAAAGCUCUGGAAUCCCAAUCAUCCGCAAUACAAAUAUAAUGCCAAUCGUAAGAUGUUUGAAGAAUUAUCGCGGCCACUGUUGCGUGACAUGAACUACUCACUAGAUGGCGCUGAGAUCUAUGCGAUCAUAAAGAGUCUACGUUCACGCUAUCGACUCGAAUUGGCCAAAGCGCGCGAACGGAGGGGCAAAUACAAAACACGUUUUAAAUAUUACGACAAAUUGGAGUUUCUCCGUGAUGUUAUAGAGAAUAAGCGUGCUGCGCGGAAAGUCAAGAAACAUCACGAUAAUGCGGUUUCGGAAAAAUCGCUUGAAGAAGACUACGCCGAAACAACGCGUUCCACGCAUAACCGCACCUUGCUCACAUAUCUUUUAGAUGCUUUUCGCAGACAGGAGGCGCUCUGGAAUCCACAACAUUCCAAUUACUUGCUCGGUGAUAAAAAUGAACUAUUGCGCGAGAUCUCUAGCGAGUUGUUGCUGGAGAAGGGCAUAAAUAUGUCGGCGGAUGAAUGCUUUACGGAGAUACAAAAAUUGCGUACGCGCUACCGGCGCGAAUUACGCAUUGUACACGAACAAAAAGGACUUUAUGCGCCCAAGUUGUGGUGCUUCGAACAAAUGGAGUUCCUGCAGAAGAUCUUUGAGGAUCAGUUGCGUGAACGCUUGAAAAAGCGAAAAGGCGUCAUCGCUUGCAAACCGAAGACUCAGUAUUUAAAAGCAAAAUCGAUUGAAUUCAAAAGUAACGAUGAUCAUCUAACCUUUAUAGAAAUCUACAAGAGUUACUCGGCGCUGUGGGAUGUGGAUCAUCCCGAUUAUCGUUCGACCACCUAUCGCAAUGAGGAACUCAAUCAGAUGCUUGAAGAAGUGAAUUUAAUGCUUGGCAUUAAUAGCUCAUUAGAAGAAUUACAGAAGACACUCUAUGAGUUGCGUAAAGAGUUUUCAGCGGAGAAGCAUAAGCGUUUAGUGGAAACUGCCGACGCGUGCGCAAAAUCAACAGCAACUCAACCACCGUCAAUUAUACAAAUGAAACUAAUGGAAUUUCUCGACUUGAACUUAGGCCCCUUUCGCUGUGAUGUCUGUGAUGAAGUAAUUAAAACCUCCGAUCAGUAUAAGAUACACAAGUCUGGCCAUGACGGCAUGCAACCGUUCAUUUGUACGCUUUGCGGCAAGGGUUUUCAGAUACCCGGCAAUCUCACUAUACACAUACGACGGCAUAAAGGAGAUUUUCCAUACGCUUGCGAGGUGUGCGAUAAGAAAUUUGCCACCUCCACCGAGGUUGCCAUCCAUAUGAGGAGUCAUACAGGUGAACGCCCCUACAUAUGCGAUCUCUGCGAUAAAUCCUUUAAAACCUGGUCUUUCUACGACACACAUCGACGUACCCACCUCAAACAGUCGAACUUUCAUUGUCCCAUCUGUGACAAGGCCUUCUACGAGCGUAAUCGUUAUACCGAUCACAUGAAUGGUCACUUGAAUAUACGGAAACAUGCUUGUGACGUUUGCGGCAAGGCGUUCACCACAUUUGCCAAUCUCAAGAAGCACAACGAACUACAUUUGCCGGUGAAGAAGUACAAAUGCGAUAUUUGCGGUCAACGUUUUGCACAAUUGGCUAGCGUACGUUGGCAUAAACGUAAAGCACAUGCGCAGGCGCUUGACAAGCGGCAUCAACAGAUGGAGCAGUGAAGAUUUGGGGAAGGGUGAUGAGGUAUAAUACUUAAGUAUGCGUGUGUGUAUGUGUCUAGGUGAGUGAUUGAAAAGGGGCGUGGCGUUAUUUUAAGUGAAAGUGUCAAUUAUGUAUGUACAUACACAUACAAAUGUAAGGUGGGUUGGAGAUUGAAAAAGAAAAUUAUUUUUACUCUUCUAAAAGUGAUUUAUACCAACUAAUAAUUGUGACUAGUUUUUAAGAUUUUUUAUUUUUAAUUUUUUUAAUUUUUAAUUUUUUUUUACAAUACUUUCAAUUUUUUUCAUUAUAUUAUUAGUUUUUUUAUUUUAUUAUAUUUUUUAUUUUAUUAUUUUUUUUU